AUGGCUCAGGAUGAGAGAGAGGCAGGGAUGGUCAACUCAGGUGAUCCAGAGAUGGGCAAAGACAUGGAAGAUCUGCCAAAAGACCUGGAGGAACUCCAUGAGAGCCCCGAAGAGAAGAGCAGUGAGAAAGUCCUGCUGCAUUCGCGCCUAGAACAGCAGCAUCACCUUAUCUGUAUACUGAAGAAAAAAGCAGAUGAUGCACGCAAACGCUGCAGAGACCUGGAGCAGCUCAACAUGGAGCUGGAGAAACUGAGGACAGAGGAUGCAGUGAAAAUGAAAACCCAGAGCCAACGGAUCCAGCAGUUGGAGGAGCGCUUCAUGGAUCUGGCCAACAAUCAUGAAAAAAUGAUCCAGUUCAAGAACGAACAUAGGAAACGUCAUGUGCAGCUGCUGGAGGAGAACAAGCGCCUGCGGCAGGAGAACGAAGUGCUCUUCAGCCAUACAGUGAGGGAGAAGGAAGCUGACGUGCUCCAGCUCGCUGCCCAGGCCAGAAAGCUCUCGCAGCAGUUAGACUCCCUCCAGAAGAAAUGUGCUUCUGAGAGUUGCAGAGCCCAGGAGAGAGAAAAGGAGCUGCUGGAAGCUCAGAGCCAGAAAACAAGUGCCUAUGCCUGGGAAGUCGAUUCACUAAAAAACCAGCUGCAAUGCCUACAGGAGAAGCACCAACAAACUGUUGUGCAGCUACAGCACGCAGAGAGUCAGCAGCGGGCUCAGGGCAGCGAGCUCCAGGCCAAGCUGGAGAGGGCCAACGAGGAAAAAGAGCAACUACUGAACCUGGCCAUGGAGCGGGGCAAAGCUCUGCAAGAUAAGCAACGGGAAAUCGAGCAGCUGGGGAAGAAGCUGGAGACUGCGCAAAAAGCCAAGCAGAGAGCAGGAAAGCACCUCGUGAAAGAGGCAGCAGCAGUGGACAAUGAUCUGAAGGUCCAAGAGCUCCAACAACAGCUCAAAAGCAGCAAGCAGGCAUACAACGAGCUCUCGCUGCAGUUCGACGCUUACAGAAAGCACAGUAUGGAUUUACUGACUAAAGAAAAAGCGCUGAAUAUCAAACUCCGUCAUUUUAUUGUGUAA